AUGCUUAACUUUUAAACCAACAAACCUAAAAACUUGCCUCCUCUCCCUUAGUAAUAGCCAAAUUAAGAAAAAAACAAUAUAUUUGAAAGGAAACCAUUAGGACCAAGCAAUCAAAUUUAAAAAGAUCAAGGACCUCCAUCAAAUUUACCUAAAAAAAAUAUAGAACUUGAAAAUGUAAAUAAUGAAAAUGUUCCACCAGCUUAAGGAGGUUAAAUAUAAGCUAAAGAAAAGGCAGUAAAAAGAGAGAAAAAGCAGGGUAUAAAAAAGAAUAUAACUGAUAAUAAAAUAGUGCUUCCAUAAGAUAUAUCGUAAGAGGAUAGAGUAGGAGAGGAUUUUAACGCAGAUCACAAAGAUGAUAAUUUAGGUUUCUUGUUAAAAGAGAAACCUAUUAAAGGAGCCUCUUAUAAAGAAGACUUGAAAACAGGAAAAUUUAUAUAUAUAUCAAAUAAAUAUAUGGAGUAGAUCUUGGAUGAAUCUAAAGAAGAAGCGAAAGCUCAUGAAGGGGUGGAGGAUGAAGAUAAUAAGUGGUAUAAGUUGAUAGAUGAUUUUAACUCUAUGAUUUAUAGGUUUAUAUUCUUACUACAAGGCCUUCUUUCAGGGCUGCUUAUCAUGAUUUCAAUUACUAGCUUUAAUCCUCAAUGGACAUCUGAUUCAUACAGAUACAGAUUAAAUUAAAUUAUUUGGAUUAUAGCUCUUAUAUGCUUCUUUGGAUAAAUUUACAUAUAUAUGGUCAGCAAUUAGAGAUGCGAAUAUAGCUUUACAAAUGGAUCUCCCAAUCUUUAAGAGCAUAAAAAUUUUAAAAUGAGGGCAUUGGUUAAUUUGAUAAUAUAUGGUGUUAUUUACUACUGCGUUAUGAUUGCACAUUACUACGUUUCUAUGUUAACUUACACACCAACAAUUUCAGAUACAGUUAAUGCUUAUGAUAGUGCUAAGCAAGGUUAUUCUUACUUAGUUACAAUAUCAGCUGUUUUUGGGUUUUUUGGAUGGGCAAUUGUUGGAAAUCAGACUAAAUCCAAUUAUGUUGAAAUGGAAUAUGAUGAUGAUGAUUUAACAAAGGCUGGAGAUGAUAGUGAUGAAGAAAUAUGA